AUGCUUCUCCAACACUCUUCAAUCCCACUGGUCCUUAUAGCUCUCGUAAACCGCUACCAUGCUGCUGUUGCACAAGAAAGCACGCUCUCGGAUCUGGUCGAACAGCCCCUAGGCUCCAUAUAUCAGGCCGCGACAUGCAUGUCACAACGAAGCUCGAACAGGUCAUGUCCGAUACACAAUGAAUUCCAAAACUCUUCAAGCCAAAGCCCUUCAUUUAGAUCCGAUGGAUUGGUCUAUAAGUUUGAUGAGGUCACCGUUAAGCCAAUCCUACAAUCAACUGAUGAAUCAAAAGAAUUAUAUGGAUUUGUCCAACAAAGAUGUUAUGAUCACCAAACCGAACCAACCGAAGAUCCCUUCUGUAUCUACCUCAACUAUGGGUUCAAUCAAGGCCGAGGUAUGGUCAUUCUCUGCCGUCGAUCGGCCCUUCAAGGUAUCAUUGAACAAACUUUCAAGCCCGAAAGCAGUCUUCUGAAAGAGAUGAAUCGCAGCUCAGGAAAGUUCAAUGUGGUAGAUAUGCCAGAGAAGGGUGGAAAAGGAAUGAUUGCUUCACAGAAAUAUCUUAUUGGAGACUUGAUUCUCACUUCAUACCCUGUUCUCAUCUUGACUUUGGAAGACGAAUUGUGGGAAGUCUCAGAGAGUUUUGAUUUGGAGAAGACAUUGGUAGAUUAUUUACCACUAGAAACUAGAGCUGAAAUUGCUACCUUACAUGGUGAAGGUGAAACUGAAGUAUCUUGGAUGAUGUCGGUGAUUUGGCGAAAUAGCUUUGCGCUCACGUUAGAAGAUGAGCCCUACAUGGCUCUCUUCUUGGACCCCUCCGGCUCACUGAUGAGAGCGAAUUUUGCAAGACGGGCGAAUCAUGACUGUCGCCCCAAUACGAUCUAUCACACCGAUCAAACCACUUUGAAGUUGAAUAUGUAUGCUGCUCGCGAGAUAGAGGUAGGCCAGGAGCUCGUCACAACCUAUCUGAACAUACGACAGCCAACAGAAACUCGACGCGCUCACCUUCGUGAACAUUAUGGCUUUGAAUGUCAAUGCUCAGUUUGCUCUUUACCUGAACAUUUGAUCAAAUUCUCUGACUCUCGAUUAAAUCAAAUUAAGAAACUUCUUGAUGAAUUGAUUGACUGGUCAUCAACAUCUAAUGCUAACACUUACACAAGUAGGGCUGAAGAUUUACUGGAGCUCUAUAAGCUGGAAGGAUUGGAGAUUGACAUGGCCGACCCUUAUUUAGCUGCAGCUAUGCGCUACAAUGCUAUCAAAAACUUGGAUAAAACAAAGCUAUAUGCUUCCUUAGCUGUUCUUCAUGAAAUUCGAAUAAGUGGCGUAGCUUCUCAGAAUUUAGCCAAUAUGAUCAGUUUGAGAGAUUUUCCUGAAGCUCAUUGGAGCUAUGAUUAUCGCUAUGGGGAAUCAAUGUAUUACAACUUUUGUCAAUGUGGGCUCGAUGGUAGUUCACUGCUUACUAAGUCGACGUUGUGCAUACAUCAGUUGCCCAAAAAGGAACGCAUCGUGGCCGCAUAUGAUGAAAAAGAUGCCCCAAUACACUCUGACAAAUAA